AGGAGGAGGAGGAGUCCGAGCGGGCGGGGGAUGAGGUUGUUCCGGUAAUUGGGGCGAUGGUCAGAGUCGUCCUCGUCGGCGCACUUUUUUCUACUCCACCAGCUAUAUAUUUCUUUCGGGAGAACCAGAGAGACGUAUGCUGGUUGAUGAGCUGUUGGGAUCUUUCUUGAGAGCCUUCUAAAUUUGCCGGCCUCUUCUUCCCAACGCCAACCGCUUCCUUCAUUUUUAAUUUCGCACGCUGCGUUCCCUGGAGCAGAUAGCAUGAAACAGAGAGAGACAGGGAAAAAUAAAGAAUUUGCUGUUGCUGCAAGUAGGCAGCUUCGAUUCUGAGCUUAAUUUCGUCGUCGUCCUCGUCUCGGCCUGCUUCUUCUUGAUCUUGCUCUUCUUCUUCUUCUUCUUACUUAUUCCUCUGCGGCAAUCCCAGCGCAUACCCCGUCGAUGCUGCGCUGCCCUCGUCAGAGCGGUGCUCCUGGAUUCUCUUGCUGUCUUAUAAAGAGAAGCGGAACAUAGGGACAUUGCGUGUUCCUGUACAAGUGAACAACAAGAACAAGGAGUGGUGCAUUAAUUAAUCUGGGCAAGUAUGGGGUUUUGGACUCUGUUCGAGGCGUCCAGCGUUCCCGUUCUCCAAGUUCUGAUCGUCAGCGGGUUGGGUGCCUUCUUGGCUACUCCUUAUUGCAAUGUGCUCAAGGACGACGCCACAAAACACUUGAACAAGAUUGUGUUUGUGGUGUUCACCCCUUGCUUAGUCUUUGCAAGUUUGGUCCAGUCAGUCACACUGGAAGAUAUCAUUUCUUGGUGGUUCAUGCCCGUCAACAUCUUGUUGAUCUACAUAAUUGGAGGGUUCCUUGGGUGGGUGGCUGUUAAGUUACUGAAGCCUGAGCCUUUCUUGAAAGGUGUAGUCAUCGCUUGUUGCUCUGCAGGAAACUUGGGCAAUUUAAUGAUAAUAAUCAUCCCCGCAAUAUGUGAUGAGAAAGGAACGCCCUUUGGCAAUUCGGGCGCGUGCACUAAGAUUGGACUCGCUUAUUCAUCUUUUUCCAUGGCGUUGGGUGCCUUCUACAUCUGGACACACACCUACCAUAUGAUGCGCUCUGCAGGUGAGGUGUAUCAUGCAGAAAUUGGGUCACAGAAGCCCUCCAUAAAGGUUGCAAAUGCGGAUUUGGAAGCUGGAGCAGAGACACACCUUCUCAAGGCAGUGGAUGGUUCCAGCAGUGCACAUGUACCAUCGUCAGAGUCCUAUGCUGCUGCUCUAUCACUGCCACUAUCGAAAUCUGCCGAAGCUGCUGCAGAUCAAGCGCAGAGACCGGAACCUGAUUUAAAUGGGAAGCCGAACAGCAACAAAAAGGGGAAGACGUGGGAGAACAUCAAGGGACUGCUCCACCGCAUUCUUGAAGAGUUAUUUGCCCCCCCAACAAUUGCCGCGAUCGUCGGCCUGGUAUUUGGUGCAAUUCCAGGUCUGAAAUCUCUAAUAAUCGGCAGCGCUGCUCCUCUUCGAGUCAUUGAACAAUCUGUUUCCUUGUUGGGGAACGCCACGAUACCUUGCAUUACGCUUAUACUAGGAGGGAACCUUACCAAAGGCUUGCGGUUGGGGAAACUAAAAAUUUCGAUGAUGAUUUCGAUCAUCUGCGUGCGGUAUGUCAUUCUUCCGGCAAGCGGCAUUCUUGUGGUGAGACUUGCAAAUAGUUUGGGCUUGCUACCACCAGACCCUUUGUACCGUUACGUGCUAAUGGUGCAAUUCACUCUCCCUCCAGCCAUGGCUAUAGGUACUAUGGCGGAACUCUUCAAUGUGGGUAAGCAGGAAUCCUCGAUCAUCUUCUUGUUUACCUACUUGGUUGCAGCCGUUGCAUUGACUUUUUGGUCAACCGUCUACAUGUGGAUGCUCUCAUAAGCGAUCCUAUUUUUUACAUUCACUUGUGGUCCACAUGUGAUGUAUCGCAUGGUUCUGGUAAUUGCGAGUUUGUAAUUUAUUCUUUCUUGUUUUGCGUAGCCCAAGGCUUCUUUCAUGCAAAAUGUAAUGGGUACAAAAUGUGUUAUAUAAGAAUCGCAGCACUAAGAUGAAGUGUAAAUAGAUUGCCAUUCUCGUUUCA